AGAGCCUUGCGGGUAGCCGCUCCGCUAGCGGGGCUUUGGCGCAUGCGCCUUAGUUCCUUCCCCCGGGUCCGUGUGAAAUGGCGGUAGCAGUAGCGGCUUCGCGAGGUUUGGCGAGGCGUUGGAUGCGGCCGUGGCCAGCGGCAUGCCAGACUCUUGCUCGCAAUUUACACUUCACAGCCUAUGGAAAGAAGAAUGCUUCUACGAAGGUUUCUGAUUCGAUUUCUACACAAUACCCGGUAGUAGACCAUGAAUUCGAUGCAGUUGUUGUGGGUGCAGGAGGAGCAGGUCUGCGGGCUGCGUUUGGUUUGUCAGAAGCUGGAUUUAAUACAGCAUGUAUUACAAAGCUGUUUCCCACCAGAUCUCAUACUGUUGCUGCACAGGGAGGGAUCAAUGCUGCCCUAGGAAACAUGGAAGAUGAUAACUGGAGGUGGCAUUUCUAUGACACAGUGAAAGGGUCUGAUUGGCUGGGUGACCAGGAUGCCAUACACUACAUGACUGAGCAAGCUCCAGCUGCGGUGAUAGAGCUGGAAAACUAUGGGAUGCCGUUCAGCAGAACUGAAGAAGGAAAAAUAUAUCAGCGUGCAUUUGGUGGGCAGAGUCUUCAGUUUGGAAAAGGAGGACAGGCACACAGAUGCUGCUGUGUGGCAGACAGGACAGGACACUCACUGUUACAUACUCUCUAUGGCAGGUCUCUAAGAUAUGACACAAGCUACUUCGUUGAAUAUUUUGCCUUGGACCUACUUAUGGAAAACGGAGAAUGUCGUGGUGUUAUUGCCCUUUGUAUAGAAGAUGGCACUAUCCAUCGUUUUAGAGCAAAGAACACUGUCAUUGCCACAGGUGGGUACGGCCGCACUUACUUCAGCUGUACAUCUGCUCAUACUAGUACGGGUGAUGGCACUGCUAUGGUCACUCGAGCUGGUCUUCCUUGCCAGGACCUAGAGUUUGUACAGUUUCACCCUACAGGUAUCUAUGGGGCUGGUUGCCUUAUAACAGAAGGAUGUCGUGGAGAGGGAGGUAUUCUAAUUAACAGCCAAGGUGAAAGAUUCAUGGAGAGAUACGCACCUGUUGCGAAAGAUCUGGCUUCGAGGGAUGUAGUGUCUCGAUCCAUGACCAUAGAAAUCCGUGAAGGAAGGGGUUGUGGCCCUGAAAAAGACCAUGUAUACCUGCAGUUGCACCACUUACCACCACAGCAGCUAGCAACCCGUCUCCCAGGAAUUUCAGAAACAGCUAUGAUAUUUGCUGGAGUUGACGUUACUAAAGAGCCUAUUCCUGUUCUGCCUACUGUCCAUUAUAACAUGGGAGGUAUUCCUACAAACUACAAAGGACAAGUUAUUACACAUGCGAAUGGUGAGGAUAAAGUGGUACCUGGUUUAUAUGCUUGUGGAGAAGCAGCAUCUGCAUCUGUUCAUGGUGCAAAUCGACUUGGAGCAAACUCACUUCUGGAUUUGGUGGUCUUUGGUCGUGCUUGUGCCCUUACUAUUGCAAACACAUGCAAGCCUGGAGAGACAGUUCCCUCUAUUAAACCAAAUGCUGGUGAAGAGUCGGUUGCUAACCUUGACAAAUUAAGAUUUGCUAACGGAACCAUAAGGACUUCAGAAGUGCGACUUAACAUGCAGAAGACAAUGCAAAACCAUGCUGCUGUGUUUCGUACUGGUGCUGUACUCAAAGAAGGCUGUGAAAAAGUUAGCCAAAUUUAUGGUGAUCUGGCUCAUCUGAAGACAUUUGACAGAGGUAUUGUGUGGAACACUGACUUGGUGGAGACCCUUGAACUGCAAAACCUGAUGCUUUGCGCUCUACAAACCAUUUAUGGAGCUGAGGCUCGCAAAGAGUCCCGAGGUGCUCAUGCCAGAGAGGACUAUAAGUUACGUGUAGAUGAGUUUGACUACUCUAAACCACUCCAAGGCCAGCAGCGGAAACCAUUUGAAGAGCACUGGAGAAAGCACACCCUUUCAUAUGUGGAUAUCCCAUCUGGGAAGGUGACCUUGAAAUACAGACCUGUGAUUGACAGAACUCUGAAUGAACAAGACUGCUCAACUGUCCCCCCUGCUAUUCGCUCAUACUAGUAACUUAAAUUUAACUGUCAGCCGUCUCCCAGAGGGGGUUAGUGUAUGUAAGCAUAGCACAAGCAAAUCAAAAUAGUAUUGCCACUGUCAGUUAAUGGAAAAUGCUGACUAAAUUUCUUUCCAGAUUGUAUUCUGCCGUGGCUUACUGUACAGUUAUGAAAAUGGAAUACAGGACAGCUUAUGCUCUUUCACCUGUCUGUUAAAACUGACAGGAAAAACACAAGAUGUGUCUAAAUAAAAUGAUGAGAAGUCUUGUAUUUGUUUGAAUGUUAUGUAUAUAAUUACCAUGCUUUUAUUUUGGAUGUAUAGUUAUAUUUCCAUAUUUUAAGAACAAGAAAUGCAGUAGUUUUGGACAAAAUUGAGAUGCUGAAUUUUAUGAAUGGGGACUUAAAGGCAAGCAUCAUAAUUGCUGAUGUAAGUAACAGGAAAGGGAAUGAUGCGCUAGUAAUUACAACUUUGUUUUUUUCUGAAG